AUGAUGGCCUCUCAGCUGGCACCUCAACACCAGAAUACGCAGCACAUGAGCCAACACGCACAGGCAGGCAUGACGGGUAGCCCCCGGCACACGAAGAUCGAGGCGCACCAGAUGCCCCAGCUACAGAGACAACCUGCGCCAGGACCACUUGGACCUUCACCUAACUCGCAGCAGAACGGACAAGGUCUCAACACACCCACCGGUUCGGCGUCAGGCGUCAACCCGAACGCUGCUCCGGGGCCGAUUCCUGCCACAACCCCGCUCGUUGUACGACAGGACCAAAACGGUGUUCAGUGGAUUGCUUUCGAAUAUUCGCGGGACCGCGUAAAGAUGGAGUACACAAUCCGGUGUGACGUGGAGUCGGUCAACACAGACGACCUUACGGCCGAGUUCAAGACUGAAAACUGCGUCUAUCCCCGCGCCUGCUGUCCCAAGGACCAGUAUAGGGGAAACCGUCUCCAAUACGAGACUGAGUGCAACACGGUCGGCUGGGCUCUAGCUCAACUGAACCCUCCGCUACGGGGCAAGCGCGGCCUCAUCCAGCGAGCUGUGGAUAGCUGGAGAAACAGCAACCAAGACCCGCGAUUGCGGAGUCGACGAGUGCGCCGGAUGGCGAAGAUGAACAACCGCAGCAAGGCGGUCCCGUCCGGCCCUCACCCUGGCAGCCACAUGGGCGGCCCCAAUGCUCCGGCAGGGAUGCCCGGUCCUGGCUCCAUGGGCCCUGCCGGUGCGGCGGCCAUGGGAAAGCCUGGGAUGAAUAGCAUGGCUCCGAUGCACCACCAUGCCUCCCACGCAGAUGGAAAUGCUCAUGGUGGAGGAGAUGACGUCGCCGAUGGCGACUCCUCUGGCGAUGAGCGGAUUCAUCACCACCAUCAACCGCCCACAUAUCCCAGUGCUCCAGCCGGCUCUGACAUCCGUCAGACGCAGGUCUUCACCGGCUAUGGCGGUUAUCCCAGUAACGCUCCAUCCGGGGCCUCCAUGCCAUCUAUCCACGAUACCUUGAGCGGUGGCCCGUCCCACCAAGGGAGUGGCAUCGUUGCUCGUCGAGCUGGUAGUCAUGCUCCCGGCGAUGAUGUCGAUGAUCUGUUCCCGGAUAUCCCUGAGGCCAAGAAGCGCAAGUUUAUUCUCGUCGACGACAAUGAUCGACAGUCGCGUCUGCGCGUCCGCGUGACGCUAGAUGGCGUCGACACCCGCGAGAUUCCGGAUAGUUUCCGAAAGGGAAGUUCUGUAUUCCCACGAUCGUUUUUCCCGCGCGAGAUGCAGGAUCGACCGCCCAGUCCCACAGGCAGCCGCUUCUUUGAGUCUGACCUCAGCGGUACCGAAGACGAUGGAGCUGCGGAGACCGAGGGCCGACGUGUUGGUCGUGGUGCGGACGGCCGUGGCAAGAUUCAGGUCAAGGUGCCCCUGAAUGACGGCUCCGAGGGCGAUGUUGCCAUUCCUCGCAUGCGCAGAGUCAUGCGUCGGAAGGAGGUUCGACUGAAUGAUCUGGGAUACCGUAUGGCUUGGCUGCAAAGUAGGGUUUUUGCCGGCCGUACGGUGUUCCUCCAGCGAGCUCUCGACUGCUAUCGUAACAAGACACGUACUGCGAUCGAAUCUAUUAUGCAGGACGUGAAGGCAAGCGCUCCGCACUUUGAGACUCGUGUUGGCAAGCGGAAGUGGAAUGACUAUAACAGGCGUGGAGAUAAAAAGGAUGAAGAGUAA